CCUCACACCUAAAUUCUGCGCAAGGGGUACCCAAGGACAUACUUUUCACCCUAUGAGGGUACAGUCACGAAAUAGGUAGAGAACCACUGCAACAGAGCACCUUUAGGAUGUGGUGGAACGGAAGAGUCUCUUCAUGUGCAGACGGUCAAGGUUUACCUGAAGUGGCCAUCAGUCUAUAGCUGGUUAUGUAUCUCCUAAGGACAGCAGACGCACCUGCAGAACCUAGCGGCAGCGCGCGGGUCUGCGAACAGCUCUGACCUAGAAGUUUCUGGGUAAGUGCGCCCCGCCACCAACAGAUGGCGCUGUCACACCGACCAAUAUACGGAAGACAUCGCCGUAGCUAAGUGUUUGACCGGAGAACGGGCCGCCCAAGAGAGACUGAGCGAGAGCGGCCCCGCUUACAGUGUGACACCGCCUGGCCUCCAGUACUGCGACACAGACAACUGCUCCAUACGCUGCACCAGGCCCACGGGGGCCUCGGGCUCUCCUAGAAAUGCCUCUUCUGUUUCUGGAGCGCUUCCCCUGGCCCAGCCUACGGACUUACACCGGCCUAAGCGGCCUACUGCUGGGCCUCAGUCUGCUGAGCGCCUACCGAAGCCUAAACGGGGAGCUGGACGAGGAAGGAGAGACAGGCCCGGGGGAGGCGGAAGACAACCGGGGGCCACUGUCCGGGGACGCCUGGGAGGUGGCGGGAGAGAUCGGCCGCUACCUGGUGACCGACAGCCUGGGCGUGUGGGUCCUGGUGAAUACCGUGUGCUGCUUGCUAAUGCUUGUUGCUAAAGUAAUUCAACAUGUGGUGUUUGGUCCAUUACGUGUCAGCGAGAGACAGCAUCUGAAGGACAAGUUUUGGAAUUUUAUCUUUUACAAGUUCAUCUUCAUCUUCGGAGUCUUGAAUGUGCAGACUGUGGAGGAGGUUGUUCUGUGGUUCUUGUGGUUUGCAGGCUUGGUCUUCCUUCAUCUCAUGGUGCAGCUGUGCAGAGACAGAUUUGAAUACUUGUCCUUUUCACCCACCACCCCAAUGAGCUGCCAUAUUCGUGUGUUAGUUCUUCUCUCUGCCAUGCUUGGGGUGUGCUGCUGCUUGGCUGUGCUAUGUAUGUUUGCUGGAUAUGCCCACGGGAUGCACACACUGGCCUUCAUGGCUGCUGAGUGUAUGCUGGUGACAACAAGAACAGCCCAUGUUGUCUUGCGUUAUGUGAUUCACCUUUGGGAUCUUAACCAUGACGGAACGUGGGAAGGCAAAGGGACUUAUGUUUAUUACACAGAUUUUGUAAUGGAGCUCAGUCAUCUUUCUAUGGACCUCAUGCAUCACAUUCAUAUGUUGUUAUUUGGCAACAUUUGGCUUUCCAUGGCAAGCCUGGUCAUCUUCAUGCAACUGCGUCACCUUUUUCAUGAACUACAACGCAGACUUCGCCGACACAAAAAUUAUUUACGGGUUGUUGGAAACAUGGAGGCUCACUUUGCAAUAGCCACUGCUGAGGAACUGGAGGCCAAUAAUGAUGAUUGCGCCAUCUGCUGGGAUUCAAUGCAAGCUGCACGCAAACUACCCUGUGGACACCUGUUUCACAACUCGUGCCUCCGCUCUUGGCUGGAACAGGACACUUCUUGUCCAACUUGUAGAAUGUCUCUCAAUAUGGCUGAUGGCACCAGACCUCGCGGAGAGCAGCCAAGAGACAACAUAGAUCAAAAUAUGAUCCCACUAACUGUGACAGAGGGGCGACCCCGCCUCAAUCAACAUAAUCACUUCUUCCAUUUUGAUGGUUCAAGGUUUGCAAGUUGGCUGCCGAGUUUCUCAGUUGAAGUGAUGCACACAACAAAUAUUCUAGGAAUUGCCCAAGCAAGUAACUCUCAGCUAAAUGCCAUGGCGCGACAGGUUUUAGACAUGUUUCCUCAAGUCCCAUAUCACCUGGUCUUGCAGGAUCUGCAGAUAACUCGCUCUGUGGAGAUCACUACAGACAAUAUUUUAGAGGGACGCAUUCAAGUGCCUUUUCCCACACAGAGGUCUGAUGAACCCAGACCUGAUGGUUUUCCUGAUUCUAAUGAGGAGCAAGAAACUAAUGGAGAUGCCCAGACUGAGCGGGUUCCAUUAAAUUUGACUCAAAAUAUGGAGGAAUAUGGAGACUUCAGUGAAGUGGAGGCACAGCCCACAGAUGCAGAAGACUUUGAGGCCAGGGGCAGCCGGUUCUCCAAGUCUGCAGACGAAAGGCAACGAAUGCUAAGCCAAAGAAAGGAGGACAUGGUGCAGCUGGCAAGAAGGCGUUAUCUGAACAGAACUCCAGAUGAUGGAUCUUCUACGUCAUCAGACGAGGUGUCGGACUUUGUUGCCCUCCGCCGUCGUAUGCUGGCAGCCGCUGCUGAGCGCAGGAUUCAGUUGCAGCAGCCGCCUCAAUAGUGACCAGAGCGCACACAUCACCUGGCCUUGCGCUUUGUGCACACAAUGCACACACAGACUUGUUCUGACCCAGCACCUUCCUCAAGAGCUGUUCCAGCUUAUUGGACAGAAUUAAUUUUUGUAAUUUCUAUGUUUUUCUUCCUUGCAGGCCUUGUUUUUUUUUUUUCAAUAGGGGCUGAUAUUAAGCUCUGAUGUUGGCUAGAUCUUACAACCAGGAAAACCAAUGAGAAACCUGACAGUAUUUUAGACAGAGGAAAAAGCCUCUGAAACCUCUAGAUCAUAAAAGUAAUUAACAUUCAAGGAAAAAAAAAAUCAUCCAUCCUCCUCUUAUGCAUUUUCUCCUCAGCAACUAACGUAUUGGCAGUGUUUGUAGAUGAGGACCAUGCCAUCUGUACCCAUGGCUGUCCCAUAUUGAUGGCAUUUGUUUACAUUUUUUGCAGAUUAAAUAUGUUUAAUAAAAUGCAGGUCCUGCUUUGGUGAGAAAAGAGAACCUUGCACAUCCAUUAGAUUCUGAGCAAGAGUAAUGGAUAUGCAACGCUUUGGUGAAGACUUGAUGGCUCAUGAUCUGCCACAUGUUUUGUGUUUACAAGUGUUUGAGGAGUUUCAGUGCUUAAUGGCAAAAUAUAGUGCAAUAUUUUGUCAAAUUGUAUAGGGGCAAUUUAUGCAAGAUAGUGAUAGCAAAGUUAAGAUGGCAGGUGAGUAAUAAGGAUUUUUUUGUGCAUUAUGGCUUCAUAGAGAUGUGGUUCUGCUUUUGCAGGGUCACUUUCUUUGGCUGUGGUUUAUGUUUCUAGUAUAAACAGAAAUCCCUAAUGUCCUUUGAACAGAACUUCUGGUUUUCUGUUAACUCCAUUUGAUCUUUAUUCCGCAUGGACUAUUGCAGAUCAUGAUCCAUUUGUGUGAUUCUUUUUAACAGUUUCCCCAAUAGGCUUUGUACAUUGUUGUAUCUGUUACAGGAGACGUAUGACAUUUUGUCCUUAAAAAAUACACUGGGCUGGACUGAUAUAUUCUAAGUGCAGGGCCUGAGGGGACAAGGCAACUUGCCAGGAUUCAGACACCACUAAGGAAGAAUACCCGUGUCGUGAAUCACCCUUCAGACUCUGCAUUAGGCAAAUGCAGGGUAUCACUUUUGCCCGGAGUGUUCCUUUAACUUGCUGUACUCAUGCUGUGUGACUAAGGCUUUGUUACCAUGUGUGUAUUUGUUGUUUUUUUGGGGCAUCUCAAGAAAGCACAUUAUGCUGCAUUUGUGGGGCAGUAAUGGACCAGAAGUUUAUUGGACUCCCAUAGGGAAAGAUUAGCAAAUAGCUUUCUCUUCAUUCAUUUUUUUUCCUGUUUCUCAAUGGGUACCAAGAAAAGAAUUAAAACAUUAUAAAAUGACUGAUGGAUACUUCAAUCUUACACCAUGCUUUGCUGAAAUUUGAGACAAUUGUUACCAGUUUUCUUCAACAAAAUCCUUCGGAUUAAUGUUCUCCAAGCAUGUGUGCACAUAGCCUAAGCAGCAGCAAGCGCUAAUGUAUGGAUGGAUGUGCGUUUGAGACUGAGCCUAGCUGCUAGGAACAUUUUUUUUUGUUUUGUUUUCAGAUGCCUUUUGCCAUCACAGGAUGCCUUGUGUUUGGCUACUGCAAUUUCUGGAUUUUAUUCUUAUAAAAAUAAUAAACUUUUAAUCAGU